GACGCGCCUUAUCUUUGAUAUAUGGAAACACCAGCCACGGUGCUCAUCGCCGGCGCCGGCAUCGGCGGCCUGACGCUUGCGCUCGCGCUACAGAAGCACUGCGGCAUCGACGGCUCCUCCAUCGAGGUGUACGAGCAGGCGACCGCCUUCACUGACAACGCGGGCGGCGCCGUCGGCCUCUACGCCAACGGGCUCCGCGUGCUGCGCGACAUCUCUCCGGAGCUGCUCGCGGCCGUGCGUGAGGCGGGCUACGACUACAUCUACCGGCGGUGGCUGCGGCACGACGGGACGGAGGUUGCGUGCGCGCGCGAGAGCGCGCUCACCGACGAGGACGACCUCCAGAGCAUCGGCAUUCGCCGCUGGAAGCUGCAAAAGGCGCUGUACGACGCCGCCGUGGCGGCCGGCGUCCAAAUCACAUUCAAGGCUCGCACCGAGAGCGUGACGACGCGGGAGGACGGGCUGGUCGACGUGGCCUUCGCCAGCGGGGCGACCCGCACCGCCCGCCUCGUCAUCGGCGCCGACGGCCUCAAGUCGAAGGUGCGCGAGGCCGUCGUCGGGCCGCUCAGCGCAGAGUUCACGGGCGUGACUUGCCUGAUGGGGGCGGCCAAGGUGCCGUCAAAGGUGCGAGGGAUCUGCUUCCCCUCCUCGUCGACGACCAAGAACCACGCCUGCUACUACCCCACCGGCGACGGGGAGCAGAUCUUCCAGCUCUACUUCCCCGCAGACACGCCGGACGACGCGUGGGGCGCCCUGUCCGCCGAUGAGGGGCUGCGGCAGUGCUCCGAGCUGGCCGCCAAGCUGGAGGGGGACGGGUGGGACGCGUCCUUCGUCGAGCCGCUCCGCUCCGCCGAGAACGUGAUCCGGGUCGGCCUCUUUGCGCGGGAGCCGCUCGACGCGUGGGCGACGCCGUCCGGGCGCGUGAUCCUGCUCGGAGACGCUGCGCACCCGCCGGUGCCCUACAUCGGGCAGGGGGCGAUGAUGGCGAUGGAAGACGUCGGGGUGUUGGCGAGGCUGCUCAAGCACCACUGCCGCGUCGGCGCCGCCGCCUUCGACCCUUCCGACGCCAGCCUGAGUGCCGCAGCAGCCUCGUACCAAGCGCUGCGCAUCCCGCGCGUGCGGACGAUCCUCGGCUCAUCCCACACGCUCGGCAAGACGCAGCAGCUGCGGGCGGACUCGUGGUGGUACAACCUGAAGCGCGAGUGGACGAUCCGGCUGCAGGUGGCGCUGUACGGCACGCUGCCCAUCAUGAAGCCCGGCGCAGGCUACGACUUUGCCUCCGAGGUGGACGCCUUCCUCGCCGACGAGUCGGACCCCUGACGGGGGGUGUGGCACGGGCCGGCGGGCAGGAAGCCCCGGCGAGGGUGCGGAGAGGGGGGCAGAGGGCAGAGGGUGGCCUGACCAGGGGACUGCGGUGGCACACGCGCCGCAGGAGUGACGCCGCACCACGCACACAGAGGGGGACGGACGGACGUGCUGGUUGGGGGGGGGGAGCGGGAUAUGACAGGCGGGGAAUCUCUGGUAUCGAGGUCGACUCUCGGCUCAAGGCAUGUCGGGAGCGCACACUGGGGGAUGUCGUGGAGUCAGUGUGUCGACAGCGUGGCCGUUUUGUGCAUUGUGUACUAGCGCGCCCGACGCUGUGCUGACACCGCGCGCGAUGUGCGGUGCGGCAACGCGGGACGGGGCACGGGCGCUGUUUCGUGUUUGUGGCACUAUUAUUUAUUCGUGUGUUCGUUGUUUUAUAUCGAUUUAUGGGGCGUGCCGGC